UUACCAGAAGAGGGAUGAAGAGCAUCAACUUUUUUACAGACUUGGUUCUUCUAUUCAUAGCCAGUGAUGCGAGCGCUUUUAUUAUCAGAAAUGCGACUGAAACACUCACCGGAACCAAUAUCACUAUCAAUAAAUCGGAAAUGGGGAAUGACGGAUUAGCAUCUAUGCCCAAAUCAAGGCGAAAACGGUACAUUUCGCAAGAUGACAUGAUAGCUAUUCUGGACUAUCACAACAAGGUGCGAGCGAAUGUUUUCCCACCUGCAGCGAACAUGGAAUAUAUGCUUUGGAAUGAAGACCUAGCCAGGUCAGCAGAAGCUUGGGCAGCCACCUGUAUUUGGGAGCAUGGACCUCCUUACCUUCUCCGAUAUCUGGGUCAAAACCUCUCAGUGCGAACUGGCAAUUACUACUCCAUUCUUCAGCUGGUUCAACCUUGGUAUGAUGAGGUCAGAGAUUAUGUGUUUCCAUACCCACGGGACUGCAAUCCCCACUGCCCAAUGCGCUGUUAUGGACCCAUGUGCACACAUUACACACAAAUGGUGUGGGCAUCAUCCAACAGAGUUGGAUGUGCCAUCCAAACCUGUUACAAUAUGGUAGUGUGGGGCGUCGUGUGGAGGGAGGCAACGUACCUGGUCUGCAAUUAUUCUCCAAAGGGCAACUGGAUUGGUGAGGCACCUUACAGAGUCGGUGUGCCAUGCUCAGCCUGCCCUCCCAGCUACGGAGGUUCAUGCAGCAACAACAUGUGCUUUCCUGCCAUCAACUCAAACUUCAUGUACUGGUUAAAAUAAGCUGUCUGUUAUAUGUUUAAAGGAAUAGUUCAGCCAAAAAUGAAAAUUUGCUGAUUUACUACACUCAGGCCAUCCAAGAUUUAGAUGAAUUUGUUCCUUCCUCAGAACAGAUUUGGAUAAAUUUAGCCCAAACAGAUGACAAAGACAUCUUAAUAAUCCACAAGUAAUCCACACUACUCCAGUCCAUCAAUUAGAAUAUUGUGAAGAUAAAGCAUGUGAGUUUGUAUUAAAAAUAUUAAAACUGUUGCUUUUGGUUAAAAUAGGAGUCCUCUAUCCAAAAUAUUGUUUUCUCCAAUGAAAAAUCAGUCAGAGUCUGAAUCAGAAGAGAACUAUGUACAGAUCAAGCAUAGUUUACAAGCAAAAACAUUCCAAAACUUAAACAAAUAUGCUAGUGGAUUUUGAUGUGAAAGGACAACAUGGGAUGGAAUGUUUUACUGGAGGAAGCGUUAUUAUGGAUUUGUAUUUUGAUUCGAAACCACAGUUUAAAGUUAAAGGGAUAGUUCACCUAAAAAAUGUAAAUUCUGUCAUCAAUUAGUCACCCUCAUGUCCAAACCUGUAAGACCUCUGUUCAUUUACGGAACACAAAUUAAGAUAUUUUUGAUGAAAUCUGAGAGCUUUCUGAACAAUGCAGGCCCAGAAAGGUAGAAAGGACAUCGUUAAAAUAGUCCUUGUGACAUAUGUGGUUCAACCUUAAUUUUAUGAAGCUACAGGAAUAUUUUUGUGUGCAAAGAAAACAAAAAAAAUGACUUUAUUCAACAAUUUCUUCUCUUCUAUUUCAUCUUUGUUGUGUGUUCACGAGAGUACCACGACGCAUGCGUGUGCAUUCUUCUGCUUGCAAACAAGGUGCAGCGCAUCUGGGUUCUACGUCAGAAUGCCGGCUCCUGUAUCAGCAGCAUCACACGCAUUCGUCAUGGUAUACUCUCGCAUGCAUAUAAAAUUAAGGUUGAACCACUGAUGUCACAUGGACUGUUUUAAUGAUGUCCUUACUACCUUUCUGGG